GAGGUGGCAGUGAAGGCAGUUGUUACCUUCUUGCGCUGAGCUGUCUGAAGUGUUAGGAUGCCCUGAGGUUAUCUAUACAGCUUCUUUGUAAGACUUCAUAGCCCAGAGGAGGGCUGACAGCAGCAGUCUUCCAGGCCUCCGCAGCCGCCGCCAUGGUGUCGUGCGCGGCUUUCCAGAGCUUCCUCUUCGAGUACGACACCCCCCGCAUCGUGCUGAUCCGGAGCCGCAAAGUGGGGCUCAUCAACCGCGCCGUGCAGCUCGCCAUCCUCGCCUACGUGAUCGGGUGGGUCUUUGUGUGGGAGAAGGGCUACCAGGAAACGGACUCUGUGGUCAGCUCUGUAACCACAAAGGUGAAAGGAGUAACGCUGACAAACACAUCCGCCUUGGGAGCCACGGUCUGGGAUGUGGCUGACUAUGUCAUCCCUCCUCAGGAAGAGAACACGGUGUUUGUCAUGACCAAUGUGAUACUCACACUGAACCAGCGCCAAGGCCGCUGCCCAGAGCUUCCAGAUGAUAAAACAGAGUGCAAGGUGAAGAACAGCUGUGUUCCAGGAUAUACCAGCACUCACAGCAGUGGCAUUCAGACCGGGGAGUGUGUACCGUACAACAGCAGCGUUAAGACCUGUGAAGUCUUUGCGUGGUGUCCUGUGGAGAAUGAUUAUCAUGUACCCAAGCCAGCAUUCCUGCAAGAAGCUGAGAACUUCACCAUUCUGGUGAAGAACAACAUUUUGUAUCCCAAGUUCAACUUCAGCAAGCGAAACAUCCUCCCCGAUAUCAACUCCACCUACCUCAAGAAUUGCAUCUAUGACUCUCGGACAGAUCCCUUCUGCCCUAUCUUUCGUUUAGGGAAAAUAGUUGAAGCUGCAGGGCAGAACUUCCAGGAAAUGGCUGUGGAGGGUGGAGUCAUGGCCCUGCAGAUCAACUGGGACUGCAACCUCGACAGAGCUGCAUCCCACUGUGUGCCAAAGUACUCCUUCCGCCGCCUGGACAACAAGGACUCUGCUCACACUGUCUCACCUGGCUACAACUUCAGGUUUGCAAAAUACUUCAGGGAUAGUAAUGGCACUGAAUCACGGACACUUGUCAAAGCUUACGGCAUCCGCUUUGAUAUCAUAGUGUUUGGAAAGGCAGGAAAAUUUGAUGUCAUUCCUACCAUGAUUAACAUCGGCUCUGGCUUAGCACUGUUUGGCGUGGCAACGGUGCUGUGUGACAUUGUUGUUCUGUACUGCAUGAAGAAGAAAUACUACUAUCGGGAGAAGAAAUACAAAUACGUGGAGGAUUAUGAACUGGGAGUCGAUGAGACAUAUGGAACAAACUCCUGACCUCCUGUGCUACAGCACAGACUGCUGCUGUGAACAUGACUCUGACCCUGCCGUGAGACCCACCUGCUCUUCACUGGGGGAACAAACCUGAGAAAGGGACUUUUUCUUCACUACUCUUCACUAUUUCAGCUGCCUGGAGCUGACACCCAGAGAGAACUGGGUCUGCUCCUUGGUUGCUGUCCUUCCAGGUUAAUUGCACUAAGCACAGAGGGAGAAUUGUGCUUUCAUGCCAGGUUUCCGCACUGGCUAAGCCUAGGACGGGGACUGCUCUGACAUUCUCAUUUUGACAGGCCUCCUUUCUGGUAGCAGAGAGCACAGGGUGACAGGCACAGAUUCUUCCUUGCAGUGAACAUGACCCCUGCUAGGUCUUCCCUAACCUUGGAUGAGAAGCUCUUUGCUGUUGUCAAGUUACUUUUCCUUGCCCUGAAGGAUUGUAAUGCUUAGCUGAGCCUGUACCUACCCUUUAAUUGUGUCUCCAAGCUCCAGUGGCCACAGACUGAGACAAACCAGUGGCUGUGAUAAAUGGCUCACUGGUUACAGAUUAU